AUCCAUUUUUCCAGUGGGCCGACAGAGCUCUGGGUCGAUAUCAUUUGAAUCUGACAGAUAUACACAUAUUGCUAACGACCAGCCUGUAGAGCAGGGGCAGCGGCUGAUUGGUUAAUUUUCUAAAAUGAGUGCAGUAUUGAUGCUUAUCUGUCAGUAAAUAAUAACCAUCAUGUGUUUAGUAUUGAUCUGUUUCGAGGUAUUAAGCUGCAGCCAAACCAAAAAUGUGCUCUUCAGACUCUCUGUAUAAAAUCUGUUCCAAUUCAACGUGUCACAUGUCAUGAAAUGUAAUUGUCUAUCUGUUUAUGAUACUGAUGAAUGUUUAACUGGACAUUCACUGACAGACUGUCAUCCAAUCACAGCAGAGAUACAGAGUCCCCCAUGACAGCAGGCUCAGCCCCUUCUGUCCUCUCACUUCCUCAGCCAAAGUGUCUCUCAGCAGCUUUCUGAAUAAAUGUGAAAAAGCAGUGGUGACAUGAGAAACUUUAGUGGGCACAGCUCCAGACCUUCACUCUCAUUCUGCCUGUCAGUGGAAAGAGAUCACAGUUUCUCCUCCUGCAGGUAUUUAUCUGUUUACUGAGCAGCUCUAUAGAUGACUCUGUAGGUGACUGGGGACAUCUAGUGGACUGACAGCAGCACUACAUCAGCUGCUCUGUGAUUGGCUUCCUGGUUGCAGGUUCCACUGAACUGAUUCUUCCUGAUGGAUCAAUAAGAAGCUUCUUCUCUCUCAGUGUGGGCUCUGAUAUGAAUCAGUGUGAGGAGACAGAGGAGGGAGGCUGUCCAUCUAAAACCACUCUGUGUGGGGAACAUGACAGCCAGACCAAAGCUCAGAGAGCUCACCAGCAGAGACCAGUCUCUCCUGCACCCAGCGGAGUGUCCAUGAAGAGUGACCGCUCUAUGAUUGAAGCCAUAGUCUUCAGAGAUGAACACCACCCUGAUAAAGAAAGAGCUCACCAGCAGAGACCAGUCUCUCCUGCACCCAGCGGAGUGUCCAUGAAGAGUGACCGCUCUAUGAUUGAAGCCAUAGUCUUCAGAGAUGAACACCACCCUGAUAAAGAAAGAGUUCAGCAGCAAAAAGUUUCUGAGGUUCCUGAAGAUGAGUCUGUCCGGGAGCAUCCAACAGACAUGGACUCCAUAUUUAAGAAUCUUGAGGAGAAAGUUGUCACCUUCGUGAAGAACGAGUUGAAAAAGUUCAAGAAGGUUCUGAGUCCAGAUGACCCAGAAUGCUCAGAGAGGCAGAGUGAGGAUGAGGAGGUGCUGGAUGGUGAGGAGGAGGAGCAGAGGAGGAGCAGCAGAGAGGCAUUUCUGAAGAUCACGCUGAACUUCCUGAGGAGAAUGAAGCAGGAGGAGCUGGCUGACUGUCUGCAGAGCAGAACUGUUGCUCCAGUUUGUCGUCAACUCAGAUUUAACCUUCAGAAGAAGUUCCAGUGUGUGUUCGAGGGGAUUGCUAAAGCAGGAAACCCAACCCUUCUGAAUCAGAUCUACACAGAGCUCUACAUCACAGAGGGAGGGACUGCAGAGGUCAACGAUGAACAUGAGGUCAGACAGAUUGAAACAGCAUCCAGGAAACCACACAGACCAGAAACAACAAUCAGACAAGAAGACAUCUUUAAAGCCUCAAUUGGAAGAGAUAAACCAGUCAGAAGAAUGAUGACAAAGGGGGUGGCUGGCAUUGGGAAAACAGUGUUAACACAGAAGUUCACUCUGGACUGGGCUGAAAACAAAGCCCACCAGGACAUACAGCUCACAUUUCCAUUUACUUUCAGAGAGCUGAAUGUGCUGAAAGAGAAAAAGUUCAGUUUGGUGGAACUUGUUCAUCACUUCUUCACUGAAACCAAAGAAAUCUGCAGCUUUGAAGAGUUCCAGGUUGUUUUCAUCUUUGACGGUCUGGAUGAGUGUCGACUUCCUCUGGACUUCCACAACACUGAGAUCCUGACUGAUGUUACAGAGUCCACCUCAGUGGAUGUGCUGCUUACAAACCUCAUCAGGGGGAAACUGCUUCCCUCUGCUCGCAUUUGGAUAACCACACGACCUGCAACAGCCAAUCAGAUCCCUCCUGAGUGUGUUGACAUGGUGACAGAGGUCAGAGGGUUCACUGACCCACAGAAGGAGGAGUACUUCAGGAAGAGAUUCAGAGAUGAGGAGCAGGCCAGCAGAAUCAUCUCCCACAUCAAGACAUCACGAAGCCUCCACAUCAUGUGCCACAUCCCAGUCUUCUGCUGGAUCACUGCUACAGUUCUGGAGGAUGUGUUGAAGACCAGAGAGGGACAAGAGCUGCCCAAGACCCUGACUGAGAUGUACAUCCACUUCCUGGUGGUUCAGUCCAAAGUGAAGAAUGUCAAGUAUGAUGGAGGAGCUGAGACAGAUCCACACUGGACUCCAGAGAGCAGGACAAUGAUUGACUCUCUUGGAAAACUGGCUUUUGAGCAGCUGCAGAAAGGAAACCUGAUCUUCUAUGAAUCAGACCUGACAGAGUGUGGCAUCGAUAUCAGAGCAGCCUCAGUGUACUCAGGAGUGUUCACACAGAUCUUUAAAGAGGAGAGAGGACUGUACCAGGACAAGGUGUUCUGCUUUGUCCAUCUGAGUGUCCAGGAGUUUUUAGCUGCUCUUCAUGUCCAUCUUACAUUCAUCAACUCUGGAGUCAACCUGCUAGCAGAGGGAAAACAAGCUGCCUGGUGGUCUAAACUAUUUCAAAAUCAACAUCUCUACCAGAGUGCUGUGGACGAGGCCUUACAGAGUCCAAAUGGACACCUGGACUUGUUCCUUCGCUUCCUCCUCGGUCUUUCACUGCAGACCAAUCAGACUCUCCUACGAGGUCUGAUGACACACACAGGAAGUAUCUCACAGACCAAUCAGAAAACAGCCGACUACAUCAAGAAGAAGAUCAGUGAGAAUCUGUCUCCAGAGAGAAGCAUCAAUCUGUUCCACUGUCUGAAUGAACUGAAUGAUGGUUCUCUAGUGGAGGAGAUCCAACAGUACCUGAGAUCAGGAAGUCUCUCCACAGAUAAACUGUCUCCUGCUCAGUGGUCAGCUCUGGUCUUCAUCUUACUGUCAUCAGAAAAAGAUCUGGAUGUUUUUGACCUGAAGAAAUACUGUGCUUCAGAGGAGGCUCUUCUGAGGCUGCUGCCAGUGGUCAAAGCCUCCAACAAAGCUCUGCUGAGUGGCUGUAAUCUGUCAGAGAGAAGCUGUGAAGCUCUGUCCUCAGUUCUCAGCUCCCCGUCCUCUAGUCUGAGAGAACUGGAUCUGAGUAACAAUGACCUGCAGGAUUCAGGAGUGAAGCUGCUGUCUGUUGGACUGAAGAGUCCACACUGUAAACUGGAGACUCUCAGGCUGUCAGGCUGUAUGAUCACAGAGGAAGGCUGUACUACUCUGGCCUCAGCUCUGAGAUCCAACCCCUCCCAUCUCAGAGAGCUGGACCUGAGCUACAAUCAUCCAGGAGACUCAGGAGCGAAGCUGCCGGACAGUUUCAGGGUGGAACAUGGUGGAGAGCAGUGGCUGAAACCUGGUCUGAGGAAGUAUGUCUGUGAACUCACAGUCGACACAAACACAGUAAACGGAUUCCUCAAACUGUCUGACAACAACAGGAUGGUGACAAAUGUGUCAGAAUAUCAGCCAUAUCCUGAUCAUCAGGAGAGGUUUGAUUUCUGGCCUCAGCUGCUGUGUAGAAAUGGUUUGACUGGUCGCUGUUACUGGGAGGUCAAAUGGAGAGGAAGGGUUCAUAUAUCAGUGAGUUACAGAAGAAUCAGGAGGAGAGGAAACAGUGAUGACUGUUGGUUUGGACGGAAUAAUCAGUCCUGGAGUCUGAGCUGCUCUGAUGAUUUUGGUUACUCUGUCUGGCACAAUAACAGAGGAAAAGAACUCUCCUCCUUCUCCUCCUCUUCCUCCUCCUCCUCCUCCUCCUCCUCCUCCUCCUCCACCUCCUCCAUCUCUAACAGAGUAGCAGUGUAUGUGGACUGUCCUGCUGGCACUCUGUCCUUCUACAGAGUCUCCACUGACUCACUGAUCCACCUCCACACCUUCAACACCACAUUCACUGAACCUCUUUAUCCUGGGUUUGGGUUCUGGUUCAGGUCACCUGGUUCCUCAGUGUUUCUAUAGGAGGGACACACACACACACACACACACACACACACACACACACACACUUCAAAAGAUUUAAAAUCAGGUUCCAGACACUUGAAAGGGUAAUAAUAUAUACUGAUCAUUUUACUUCGUAAAAUUAUGAUUCCACAGUUUUUGUAAUUCAGAUGAGUUAUUAUUGUUCAUGAAGUUUGUCUGAAGAUUGUUUUUCCUUCUAUUUAAUUCCAGUUCAUUACUAUUAUCAGUAUAUAAAAAAUCAUGUUGUCGACACAUAUGUAUUUUUGUUAUGCCUGAUGUUUUUUUUUAUUACCAGUUGAGUUGAAUAAGUUCAGAGUUGUUCCCAUCAGGCUUUGGGUUAUACAUACAGGACUUAGAUCAGACUAAGUCUACAUUUAAAAACCCCUUUUUAAAACAUACAACAAUGACGUGCUUUGAAUAUUUCAUGUCUGAUGAGUUUUCCCACAUUGUUCUCUUUUAUAUAAAAAUCCCAGCGUGUGAAUAUGUUGGACAAAAGACGUCUCCUUCGUCCUUUGUUAUGUGACCUGGAGACUUGAAGUGUCCACAUCAGCUGCUGAGCUCCAGGAGUGUAGGAUGGUCCUCACAGCUGAUCUUCUCUAAUGUUGAUGUUGGUGAGAGUGCAGAGAAGUGUCGCUUAUGAUAAUUAAAGAUACUGAGCCUCCUUCUGGCUUUUCAGAUACCCAUGGGUGAAGUCGCAAUCACUCCUUCCACUUUUUUUACAGUCAGUGUGUGUUUCAGAUUUGUAGUAUGAAGUGUGACACACAUUUCUGCUGCCUGCAGGGAGCAGUAAAGCAUCCUGACAGUUAGUGUAUGUAAUGAGGCAUGUAACAGCAAUAUAUGACAAAAGGAUAAAACAGAAGAGUUGUUGAAGAAGAAGAAAAAGAAGCAGAAGCUUGUAAGCUAAUAUAGAUGAUGAAUGUUUCAAAAUGUUACAAACUGCUUCUGUGAAUAUUUAAAUCAGUUGAAAAUAAAACACACAGAACCAAUAACAAACCUA